GGACUGUUGACGUCGAUUGUAACUACCUACUGCAGUAAUGCCUAACGUGUUAUUACCGGCUCUCUUAUCUAUAAGCUGAAGAAAUAUAUGUCUCUUCACCUCACUUCUCUCGGCUUCUCAAAAUAGCGCACACAACAUCCAACAUCUAAUUUCAGAGUGAUUUCUGGCCUACUUCUCAAGUCUGAAUAUAGUUUUUCUCCGAGAGACUUACAGAAAACAAGCAUCACCAUGGCCGACAAUCUCGACAGGGUCUGGUGGAAAGAUGGAGUGGUCUAUCAAAUCUACCCGGCGUCUUUCAAGGACUCGAAUGGAGACGGGUUAGGGGAUAUACCGGGCAUCAUCAGCAAGUUGGACUACAUCCAGAAUCUGGGCGUUGAUAUCAUUUGGGUUUCUCCAAUGUUUGAGAGUCCACAGAUUGACAUGGGCUACGACGUCUCAAACUAUGAGGAGGUCUACCCCCCGUACGGCACAGUCAAGGACAUGGAGAACCUCAUUGAAGCUUGCCACAAGAGGUAAACCUCAUGCAUCGCAAUGCCAUAAUUGGACCUGUACUAACGCGUAUUUAGGGGAAUGAGACUGGUCUUGGACCUGGUUGUCAAUCACACCUCUGAUCAGCAUGCCUGGUUCAAGGAGUCGCGAUCCUCCAAGGACAAUCCGAAGCGUGACUGGUACAUCUGGAAGCCUCCUCGUUACGCCGAAGAUGGAACACGCCUUCCACCGACGAACUGGCGGAGUUACUUCUCAGGCAGUGCGUGGGAGUAUGACGAACAUACAAACGAAUAUUAUCUUCAUCUGUUUGCCAAGGAGAUGCCAGACCUCAACUGGGAGAGUGAAGAGUGCCGCAAAGCCAUUUACGACAGCGCCAUGCGCUUCUGGUUGGAUAAGGGCGUGGAUGGCUUCCGAGUUGACUGUGUGAACAUGUACUCAAAGUCCACAGAAUUUCUCGAUGCUCCCAUCGUUGACUCACGCUUCUACGAGCAGCCGGCAUGGUGCUAUUAUGCCAACGGGCCACGCAUGCACGAGUUUCUGCGCGAGAUGAAUGAAAAGGUGCUCGACCGCUACGACGCUAUGACCGUCGGCGAGUUACCGCACACUCCCGACCCGAAGAGGGUGCUCGACUAUGUUGGGCGCAAAGAUAAGCAGCUCAGCAUGGUGUUUCAGUUCGACAUUGUGGACAUCGGCCAAGGUGGCACCCACAAGUACCAUUUUGAGGAGUGGAAGUUACCUGUGCUGAAGAAGAUUGUCGAGAAGUGGCAACGCUUCAUCGAGGGCACUGAUGGAUGGACAACAUCCUUCUGCGAAAACCACGACCAAGGCCGUUCCAUUUCACGCUUCGCCUCCGACGCCCCCGAAUACCGCGUCCUCUCGGGCAAGAUGCUCUCGCUGAUGAUGUGCUCUUUGACGGGAACCCUCUUCAUCUACCAAGGCCAAGAGAUCGGCAUGAUCAACGUGCCCAAGGACUGGCCCAUCGACUACUACCAGGACAUCGAGUCGGUCAACUUUUACAAGCUGAUGGCCGCCAAGACCAACAACGACCCCGAGGAGAUGGCGUACGUGAUGCGCAGCCUCCAGACUCUGAGUAGAGAUAACGCCCGGAUACCUAUGCAGUGGGAUGACAGUCCGUAUGCUGGGUUCACUGAAAGGAAGGAAGGUGCCUGGGCGCACGUCCACGACCUGUAUCCCGAGAUCAACGUGGCCAAGCAACUCGACGAUCCGAACUCGACGCUCAGCUUUUGGAAAGACAUGAUCCGUUUCCGCAAGCAACAUAGCGAGGUACUGGUGCAUGGAACGUUCGAGGCGUGUGAUAUCGAGAACGAGAAGACGUUUGUGUUCGUCAAGAGAUUCGGAGGUAAACGGGUUGUAGUUACUCUGAACUUCAGCAAUGAAGAGCAGGAGGUGGUGUUGCCGGAGCAUGAAAAGGGGUUGAAGUUUAUGGUCGGAAACUAUGGCAACGAAGAAGGGGGGAUGGGCGAAAGGAGAAGGUUGAGGCCAUGGGAGGGAAGGUUGUACAUGGCUGGAGGUGAGGCUUGAGAGGUGUGAGACACACUGACCGACCCCCUUUUCAGUUGAUCUUGGAUUUCAGCUUGAGCUUCAAUGACAUGUCGGCAAAGUGUCUUCAAUAACAUGCAAACGAAUGUUGACUUGAGGCUCCUCGCUUGCGUCCAAGACAUACGCUAGGCUCCUUCUAAACAUAGAAUAGGGGUCCAGGCCAAAGUGCAAUCUAGAUUCUCAAAGGUGGAAUACUUGAACGUGGCUGGUUUCUGGGGACGAAAAGGUGAGUUUGAGGAUGUUGUCGAUCGAGGUGAUGCGGAUAGUGAUCCACUUACGUUACGAGUCGUUGGGUAAUGGUAUGGGGUCGAUACAAGGAUGGGGGGACUUGAUCGUUUUCUCCAGUGAUUGUUCGAUUUUAUCUUGGUUUCCACUUGAGUCCUGGCAUAGAUAGAUAAGACCGGGAGAGCUCCGAUUUGGUCACGGAACUGAAUCUUCGCGGGGCAAGACCAGACACACAAGACAUGACCACACCGAAAGGAAGGAAGACAGAACAUUCCAUCCUACUUAGCUACCCAGCUUUACAGUAUCUUUGGAACAAAGCCCCGGGCAUUCUGAAUGCCCCUUUCUUUCCCCUAUCAACGUUUCACCAAACCAACAAUGAUGGGAUGCAUAUCCGUG